AUGGCCGCCGCCGCUGUCGCCGCCGCCGCCCAUCCUUGGCUGACGGAAGGUGCCUUUGACACCGCCAUCAUCCCCGGCAUAGGCCGCCCUUUUUCGGAAAAGGACUUGGUCCUCUCCUCCGAAAUGCUCCAGGGUUCUCACGCCGGCCACAUCCAGGCCCUGCUCGCCAUCAUCAAGGACCACGGCAUGAGCGGCGUCAAGACGAUCCGCCUCGAGGCCGACGCGACCGGCGUCGGAAGGCAUGAAGUGGACCAGGGCCACACCCAUCGCCGACGAGCUUCUCGCCAGGACAAGAUCCACGCCACCUUGUACAAGGUCGAGGACAAGGCCUUGGUUCCGUUCGAGUUCGCCGCGGGCAACCUUCGCCCCUCAAAAGACUGUGAGAUCCCCCAGCAGUUCGUCCGCGACGUGGCCAAGUACCUCUUCGAGCACGACCUGACCGGCCUCAUCGCCAUCGAGGUUGGCGACUUCACCAGGGCUCCGGGCGAGGGGCCCCAGGCGCACGGAGUCACGAACCCUGUCCCCACGGGCUGGAACGUCCUGGGCCCAGGAUCCGGAGGAACCCGAAGGGCCUGGCCCAGGUGA